AUGAGGCCCGUCUUUCCCGCGGCCCUCUUGCUCUCUUGGGCAGCUGGGGCCGAGUUGCAGCUCAUGCAGAUGACAGCGCGCAGCCCUGUGAAGAAUAGCUCCGACUGGCAGCCGAGCAGACCAUGCCGCACGCCUGUCGAGGGCGACGAGUGCCACUCGACAGUGAUGUGGGCGAUGCAGACGGGUAUCGUGAAGAACCCGGACUGGUAUGUCCCGUUGACGAGAAACUCCAGCUUCGAGGACUUCCAGCGGCUCACGCCUCGGCGGUCCGACGUGUGCCCCGAGCCCUGUGCAGCGCAGGCAGGGGGGCUCCCGCCGCCCGCAGGGCUGCCGGCGCCAGACGAGUGCCACACGUCCGUCAGAGGCGACGCCUGCUACGGGAAGGUGAUGUGGGCGAUGCAGACUGGCAUCGUGGAGAGGCCAGACUGGUAUCCUGGUCUGACCAGGAACUCAAGCUUUGAGGACUUCCAGCGGUUCCUGCACAGCGAGGCCAGGCUCUCCCGUGUGUGCCCCAGGCCUUGCGAGCAGGAGGAGUGCCGCACACCCGCCGAGGGGGAUGCGUGCUACAAGGUCCUGGUAUGGUCGAUGCAGACGGGUGUCGUGGAGAAUCCAGAUUGGUUCGCCCCCCUGACGAAGAACUCCAGCUUCGAGGACUUCCAACGGCACACAGCGCGGGUGUCCGACGUGUGCCCUUCUCCCGCGUGUGCCCCGAGCCCUGCGCAGCGCCGGCGCAGGCGGAGUGCCGCACGUCCGUCCGAGGCGACGCGUGCUACGAGAAGGUGGUGUGGGCGAUGCGGGUGGGCAUCGUGGAUGCGCCGGGGUGGUAUGCUCCCCUGA